CCUUCUUUGCGGCCAUGAGCGCCCUGAGGACAGGCUGCGACCUCGCGCACGUCUUCUGCCUCCCGCAAGCUGCACCUGUCAUCAAAGGUUACAGCCCUGACCUCAUCGUGCACCCUUUACUCGGACACGCCGAAAAGUAUCAACCGAAGCUCCACCAUUUUAUCCAGACUGGAAUUUUUCAACCCUGAACGAAAACCAAACCGCGCUCAUCCAGCUCGAAAAUGCAACGGAGCUUCCGCUGGACAUGCGUUUCAACGAGGGCCACGCGCUCUCCGUUAUUGUCUACAGCAUCCUAUUCAUCAUCUCUGCCACUGGCAAUCUCACUGUUUUGUGUUUGCUGUUGCAACGCAGACGGGGGGCCAGAUCGAGAAUCAACACCAUGCUGUUGCAUUUGGCCAUUGCUGACCUGCUGGUGACGUUUUUGUUGAUGCCCAUGGAAAUCGCUUGGGCCAUCACGGUACAAUGGAAGGGCGGCGACGCCAUGUGCAGAAUAAUGGCAUUUUUCCGCACAUUCGGCCUCUUCCUCUCCAGCUUUGUGCUCGUCUGCAUCAGCCUUGACAGGUACUUUGCCGUGCUGAGACCCAUGAGCCUGAUGGCUGUUGACAAACGCGGCAAAAUCAUGCUUUCUGCAGCCUGGACCGCCUCCGUCGUCUGCAGUUUUCCGCAGAUAAUAAUUUUCCACGUUGAGCCGCAUCCAAAACACACCUGGUAUCAACAGUGCGUCACGUUCAACGCAUUUCCUUCUGAAAGACAUGAAAUCGCCUACGCUGCUUUUGGAAUGAUCAUGAUGUACGGUCUGCCGCUUGUGGUGAUUCUCUUCUCCUACGCUUCCAUAAUCGCCGAAAUCUUCAGACGGACCCGGGAUCUUGACAACGAUGUAGACAGAAUCCGACGCUCAAGUCUUGGCUACCUCGGCAAAGCGAAAAUCCGCACGCUCAAAAUGACCAUCAUCAUUGUGGUGGUGUUUUUCGUUUGCUGGACACCGUAUUACGUCAUGUGUCUCUGGUACUGGUAUGACCGCAACUCGGCUGCAGAGCUGGACCAGCGCAUCCAGAAGGGGCUGUUUUUGUUUGCGGUGACCAACUCGUGUAUGAACCCGAUCGUGUACGGCGCCUUCAACAUCCGAGUAAGACGCGCCGCGCAGGUGAGCAGCAGCCAGAGACUGCGACAGCCCGACACCAUGACCACUUCAGGUGUGCCGCAGUCCCGCCUCGCAUGCACCGCCCUUUCGCGAACAAGAAAGCUGCAGGGGGACGGCAAUGGAGCCCGUGGGCGAGCCGAGGGGCACCUGGGCGAGGCGGGGUGUCUCGGGACUUGGAGGAACGACGGAGGCCGUCACGCUCGGCAGGGCCAUCACCGCUGUGGCGGCGCCCGGCGCCGCCCAAGGGGCCAGCGCUUCACGGCCUCACCAGCAGCAAUCGUCGCCUACGGAGCAGCAGCAGCAGCGGACCAGCCUUUGACCCCUGGGAUCACCUGACCCCCUGCCCUUCGGCAACCAGACUGUAAAAACGGCGACGCCACCGUUGUCAUUGAAACAUCGUUUAAUGUGCCGUGAGUUUUUUCCUGCCAUUGUAUCAACCACAAAAACCAAAAACAAAUGAGAUCAAAAUGGUGAGUUGAAACGAUUUUUUUAGACAUUAUUUUUCAUUUUGGGUUUAAGUAUGUUUGUUAAAUGCCGGUCAUUAUAAAAAUUUUACAAGUAUAAUUUUUUAUUCUAAAAUUCAUUGCGUCCAAAAAAGAUUUUUCGCGAAUCAUGAAAUAUUUAAUCUCUAAUCAAUUGGAAGGCUUCUUAAUGCUCAGUUGUUAAAGUGAUUUGCAUUAAAUUAAAUUAAAAAUUGUAUUUACCGAAUUAUGGACUUUGGAAAAAAAACUAUUUUUCAGCCACUAACUUCCGACAAAGAUACUCUAUAUUUUUGUUGAUUUAUAUUUAUCCUAAAAGGAAUGGAGAAUGGAAAAAAAUAUAUGUAUUGAAUGAAUGGGUAUUGAAAAUUUCUAUUUUGUUUAAUAAUAGUAAAUUGUAAUAUUUAUAUCUAAAUUUCCAUGUAAUUUAUUACAAUAUUAUUUCCAUAAGUUUUAAAAAUGGGAGCUAAUGAAAAAUGGCAGCCCAGCAUGUAAAUAUUUUCAAGUUAAUUAUUAUAAUUAAAGAAAAUAGUAAUUGAUUAAAUAUUUGAGAGUUUACACGCUAAAAUGAACAAUUGUUUUUAUUGCGGGCUGAUUGAGAGACAAAAUUACGGCCCUAAACUAGAAAUGGGAAGAGUGAGUUAAUAUUCCCGAGUUUAAUACGGCACUGAUGUGCCUAUUGUAAAUGGUCUCCUCUAUAGCCUGGAGGUAAGGCAGAGAGAGAUUGAGGAAUUAUUGUAUUAAACAAACAAUAUCACAUUUGUACAAUAUAGAGUAAGAGGAUCAAAGCGAAUUUUCUUUAUCAACAAAGGAAGAAAAUAGUCAUUCAAACACAGCUGGAAGAAUCAAUUUAUUACUCUAGAUUUCAAUUUCCUCUAAUCUUCAUUAUCUUUGUACAAACUUAAACAGAAACAAAAAAGCAAACCAAGUAUUUUUCUGUGGAUCGAGAUCUCUUUGAAGAAUUAAGAUAGUAUAAUUAUCUUCUUCGUUACAUGGGAGAGAUAAAUGUAAUUUUGUGCUUUAGUAUAGCAUCACAUCAGUGUUCUCUGCAUUUUAAACUUCUCAUUCAGGGUAAAUUGGGAUCGAUAUGUCAAAACAAAGAAUGACGCAAUCAAUGUAAAUCUAAUGUAAUAUAAUUAUUCAUGUAAAAGGGCUCAUAUUCAUUAGAAAAUUUAGAAGAAAAAGUCUGUAUGCUCAAGAAUUAAUCACUUUCUGUCGCUGGCUGUAGAAAUUUAUUUUUUAGAUAUUAAUUGGUCUUGUGAAACUACAUUAUAAAUGCAAUAUAUUUUGAAGCUUACGAAAACUUUAUUAUUUACAUUCGCCAUAGAACCGCAUAGAACAGUAAAAAUUUAGCGCUGCCCAUCUUUGGAGCGUAAUGAAUUUUUUCUCCUGAUUGUUUAAUUAUUAUUAUUAUUAUUAUUAUUAUAUAUUGGCAUUUAUUUAUUUAUUUAUUUUUCCUUAGGAAAAGGAAUUGAAAUUGCUAAAAAUCUCCUGAUGUUCAUAACAGUAUGAUUAUUUUGUCUCUUUUGUUGUGAAAAAAAUCGUGGGCUUUUCAUUAAUGCACUGGACAAAAAAGCUCAUUUUUUUCUUUUCGCACAAAAGCAGCGCUUUGCAAGAGAAAAUUAAAAAAAAAAAAACUUUGCAGUGUGACGUGUUAUCAUUUCGGUGUGAGUUUGUAAUUUCAUUUCACAAAACCUACAACUAAAUCAAAUUUUAAAUUUUAUGAGGGUGACGAGGUCAUGCAAUGAAAAAUGAGACCAAAAGGGGUUCUGCUUUAUCUGUAGUGUACUGUUUAAAAAAAAAGGGGAAUGUAUUUCGCAGAUGUUUUAGAGUCAGGGUUCAGUCAAUUCCUGAGCAUUUUAGUCCUCACCAUAUCUAAUGUCUGUUACGUAUCAAAUUUUUGUGUGCUCAAUUCGGAUAUAAAUAAAAAAAUAUCUAUUGUUAUAUUGUUAAAAAUAUAAAUAUAUUAUGAUGAAGUGGAAAUAAACAGUUUGUUUAUGUGA